UCUUCGAAUCAAAACCUCUCUCCUCUCUCACGCUCUCGCAACACGCACAAACUCUCUCUUCUUCUAGGGUUUUCAGAGGCCUCUAGAUGUUGUAAAUGGAAAACGAAGGGCCGAAAGAGCCAGACAAGAAGAAGCCGCACUUGAAUUCUCACCCUCUUUCUCCCUCCAUGGCUCGCAACUCUGCCACUUCUCCUUCGAAUAACAAAACCGUUGAUGCGGCAGUUCUUCAGUAUCAGAAUCAAAAACUUGUACAGCAACUAGAUGCUCAGAAGCAUCAGUUGCAUGAUCUUGAAGCCAAAAUUAAGGAAUUUAAAGAUAAACAAACUUCGUAUGAUGACAUGUUAAUUACAGUGAAUCAACUUUGGAAUCAGUUGGUUGAUGAUUUGAUCUUGCUUGGGGUACGAGCCGGUGGAGGCCCUAAUGCUUUACGAAACUUGGAUUGCAAAGACCAGCCACGAGAUCCUGUUCCAUCUUGUCCUCCGGAGGAUAUGUUUCUUGGUAGACUGCUACGAGUAAAUUGCAUUGAAAAUACUGGUAAUGAGGGGAUUGCCAAUUACGUUGAAGAAGCCCUUGCUCCACGUCAUUCAUCUACUAAGGAGUUGAUGAAGUUUCUGGAAGAUGUCAUUGAAGCACAGAGGGUGAAAACUGAGAGUGUAGCUCAGACUUUGCAAGGAAAGCUAUCUGCAGAAGAUGCCAUUAUCCAAUUGUCAAAGAUGGAUGAUAUGAUGAAAGAAGAGGCUAAAAAUCUGCAUGAGGUGAUUGAAAAUCUCCAUUUGAAGCAUAAGGAAUAUGCUAAUUGGAUUCAAACUUAUAUAUGCAACCAUUCAGUUGAUCAGUCUGAGAUUAAACGCGUCGCAGGUCUGUGA